CCGAGAUCCGAGUCCGGGGACAGACGGGGAGCUUCGGCAGCGCGGAGCGCUGGGCUGCCAGGAACGCCACGUCACUCGCGACCUGACCUUACCGGCCCGCCCUGUCCCCGGAGGCGCGAGCGACUUGGGCCGCUGAGGGGUGCUGAGGAUCGAACCCAGGACCUCACACGUGCUAGGUCCUCUCCGAGGCAGCGGGCACUAUGGCUUCUUGGGUUUCCAGGAUGCGUCCUAGGAAUGCCUGUUCCUUGGCUACUUCAUCCAAGAUCCAGAGACAUGAGGAUUGUCAUCGGCAGCACAAGGCCUACGGGUACUUCUUGCCCAUCCAGACAAGAUGGCAGGACAAUGACCAGUAUGGGCACGUGAACAAUGUCGUGUACUACAGCUACUUCGACACCAUUAUCAACCAUUACCUGAUCAGGUACUGUGGCCUGAAAACCAGCCUACUGUCGUCCCCCAUGGUGGGGUUCAUGGUGACCAAUCAGUGCACCUACUACUCACCCAUAGGCUUCCCUCAGAUCCCAGUGGCUGCCUUGGCGGUGGAGAAAGUGGGUCACUCCAGCGUGCAUUACCGACUUGCUCUAUUUCCACCUAAGCACACCGAGGAGCCACCUUCAGUAGAUGACAGUGACCUCUCUGAUGGCUUUUUCUUUGGCCAUCCUAAAUUGGCUCAGUUCGAUGCUUUGGCCUGUACCACGGGGUCUUCAGUCCACGUCUUUGUGAAUCCAGCCACCAGCAAGCCAGCAGGGCUCCCUGAAGACUUCAGGAAGGGCCUCUUGAAGCUGAUGAUCCCAGCUUCUGUAUGAAUUGCGUAUACUCUGUAUGGAAUUGCUCAUAAAAUAAAGUUUAGAUUAUUCUCUCUGAAA